AUGCUGCUGUUCCUCAUCCUAGCUCUCUUCCUCAGUCCUGCCUGCAGCGCCCAGGGUGGGAAAUGGGACCUCUGGACCCCAACGCAGCUGCCUGGAGUGCACCCCGGUGCUCACCUUUCUGCUCCUCUCUCUCCAGAGAUACAGGGCCCUGGCUUUGGCUCCUACUUCUAUAUCAAGGGCGAAGAGCAAGGCGAGAUCCAGAGCAUCCGAGUCUUCGUGGGGAUCCUGGGCCUCAUCAAGGGCAUCCAGCUGCGGUUCGGCGAGCUCUGGAGCCCGCGCUACGGGGCUCCGGGUGGGCGCGCACAGGAGUUCCUGCUGGAGGAGGGCGAGCGCAUAACCGCGGUGGACGGCAGCGCGCACGUCUGCAUCUGGCACCUGCGCUGGACAACCAGCAGGGGCCGCCAGGCGAGUUUCGGGCGUGCGGUCGGCAGGCGGUUCAACACCAGUGCCCCGACUCCUGGCCAGCAGCUCCUGACCGCCAACGGCCAGCACUGCUUCUUCUGCCUCUCCGGAAUCGGCUUCAAGUGGGGAUUCGCCCCCCAGAAGCUGUCCUCUCAAGCAUCCACCGUGGCUUCUCAAGAGCAGACCACAAAGCCGGUGGAGGUCUCUGGAAUGGGCCGUACCUUCUCACUGGACUUCCUCUACUAGAUGCCCUGGCGUGGCUGAGAGACCAAAUGACCCCGGGCUGGAGAUGACAAAGAUACUACAGCCCUGAAUCCCCUAGUUGAAUAAAGUCUCUGCACCCAUGUA